AUGCACUUUUCAGACUCACUUCUCAUCGCUGGGCUCAUUGCCUUUGCCUCAGCAUCUCCAGCUCCAGCUCCAGAGCCAACGACGCCAUCUGCGUCUCAAACUCAAGCUCUAGUUGACGACCUCCAAUCAUACAUCCUCGACCUUGCAACCCAGCCCAUAGUUUCCAGCCUUGCCACCGAUACCGCCGCCAUCAGCUCUCUCGACUCCUUACAAGCGUCCCUCCUAUCCGACGUCAGGGAUGGCGAAACUCCAAAUACAUCCGUAUUGACUGCUUUGCCCUCUCCUCUCGCCAGCUUCAUCGGUUCCAUCUAUACAGCGGAACUGAGCAUCGCCAGCAAAAAUGGGUUUGGCGAUUUGAUAGCAAGCGCAACUGCUACUGAAGCUGCAUCUGCUUCGGCUACCGGCGCGUCACAAACGGCAAGUGGAACUCAGAAGACUUCGACGACGGCGGGAUCGGCGAGUGCAAGCUCGAGUGCUCCGGUCACUGUUGAGACGGGUGCUGCUGGUGCAUUGGGUGUUGAUAUGUUGAAAAUUUGUGGAGGUUUGGCGGUUGGUAUUGUGGGCGCUGUGAUGGCUCUGUAA